AUGACGAUUUCAGUGGCUGGGUCUGCAGCCACCGACCGCUUCCGUUGUCCGGCCGGGCCAGUACCUGACGAUCUCCGCUCAAGCGACAAACCUCGGAAGGGAGAUCAGCCGCCAGGCAUGAACGGCGUCACGCCACCUGCUCGGGCCCCGCAGCGAUCCACAGCUAGAAAAACGGCGGCUCCACUGUCUGGAGAAUCAGUUUCGAGAGACCAACUGUGUCAUCAGGAGCUACCUAAAGCCUCUACGUGUGUCCAACGUAUCACCAAAACCAACACCAUGAAGACCAUCGUGCUCCUCGUCGCCCUCGCCGCCUACGUCGCCGCCGACGGUGCCCACCACGGAGCCGAUCACGGCCACGGACACCAGGCUCACCACGCCCCUGCCGCUCCCAUCGCCCCCGCCGCCCCUAAGCCCGCCGCUCACCACGCACCCGUCCACCACGCCCCCGCCCCUGCCGCCCCCGUCAACCACGGCUCCUACUCCGCCCCCGCCGCCCCCGCUCAGGACCAGCAGGGCUACUACUACUACUACUACCCCGUCCAGGACGAGAAGACCACCGGCCUCUUCGACUUCAAGAAGUACGACGUGGCCACCAUCGUGAUCGUCGGCAUCGUGGUGGUGGGCGUGGCGCUCCUCGGCCUCUCCCUCUUCACCGUCACGACCGGCCGCUCCAUCGAGCCCAUCACCAUGUCCUACGACCAGAUGUACGACGUCGCCAUGACCGUGUACGACGCCCUGAAGAAGGAGUAUUAAAGCUGCUCCACCACGGGGACGCCGCGACGCUCGGAAACGCUCCAGAAGAUCACAUCAACGCCCAAAAACAACCAAAGGCGAAGAUAUGUUCCGUGUGACAUCAUUCCUACCAUCCAACUUAUUUUCUCUCUUAAGGGAGAGAAAAAAAACCUCAACAGUGAUCUUCUGAACAAAUUGCAACAACGGAACAAAUCAAAAUAAUUUCGUGCGAAUGUGUGAAUGAGCAAAAAAUGCAAUUGUCUGUGUACAAGACGUGUAAAUAUAUUCCCGCUCUCCCAUACAUACCACAACAAUCAAAUAUGCAAAAUGGCUUCCCGAAAGGCAGGCCCAUAUCCCCCCUCCACCCCCCCACCCCUCAACCUCCCGUUACCCCCGCCCCCUCCCAUUAAAAUCUGAGAUUCCGUCA